CCAGACACAGCCCGAAGGCUUCAAAGUGUGUCUGACAAGUACAGUAUUCACUGCGCGCUUAUUUAAAACGCAUUGCAACUCGAAACAAGUUCUAAGAAUAAUAAUAAUAAACAAACAAACACAAUAUUAAGGACUUUAACCUCGAAUGCAGACAGAGAAAUGAGUAUCAGUGGAACUAGCCCCGCUGGUGAAAAGAUUUCAAAUUCCAGGAUGGAUCUGGACGGAAGCUUUUUAUCAAGCAGUCAACCAGUCAUGGAAUCUCCUCUUGCAGAAUGUUACCCAGACUCUGAUUGUUUGAGAGAAGAUAAACAGAUCGCUUCAAAGGCUGUUCUGUUUGUUAUUAACAGUGCGCGGAAAGGGGCUGUCCCCCUGUGUUCAAGUAUUGCUGAACUACUUCGAGAGAAUAGACGCUUACAGAAAACUGUAGAAGCUCAAAAGAGAUUGAUCAAGCUGCUGAGGAACACGCCACCAGCUUUCCGAGACUGCAUUUCUACCAAAUCCCAGACCUGUCCCCACUCCAGCUCCACUUCUACCAAAUCCCAGACCUGUCCCCACUCCAGCUCCACUUCUACCAACUCCCAGACCUGUCCCCACUCCAGCUCCACUUUUACCAACUCCCAGACCUGUCCCCACUCCAGCUCCACUUCUACCAAAUCCCAGACCCGCCCCUGUUGCAGUUCCUCUUCCACCAGCUCCUCCCCCUCCACCCUGCUCAGCACCACAGAGGAACAGUGGAGCCGCUCAUCCAGCUCAGGCCGACAGAGUUCCUCCUUGCAGGGAGAGAGUCGAAGCCCCCACUAUUCUGCUCUCCCUCCUCUGGUUGCCUUGAAGGAGUCAACAGACACCUUGACAAAACACAGACCACAGGGUAAUGGGGUGCGUUCGUCUGAUAUUCAGACUCACACGAAGGAUCAUGUUGCUAAGUUUCCUGCAGUUCAGGCUUCCAAUGCAGAGCACUGUCCCAGGCCUCGGAACGUCCAGAGAAAGAAUUCAGGAACGUUACAACACCAAGCUUUCAAGUAUGGAGGAGGUAUUCAAACACUCUCUUGCAAAGGUCGAGAAGUUGCAGAGAAUGAUGUGAAACACCAGCAAAAGGGAAACAACAAAACCAGGCAUCUUCCGUCAGAGCAGAGAGAGCAAAAUAUGAGUUCUGUUCCAGGUCACAGCUCCGAAUCUAGCUGCUCUCUGGGACAGUUAGAUGUAUCUUCUACAGACAGGAAGCAGCGUUUGAAGCUGGAUGAUCGGGUGCUGAUAGAAAGGAAACUGAAAGGAGUUGUACGGUUUAUUGGAUACCUGGCCACUACGAACACCAAGGAGAUCUUUGUUGGUGUGGAGUUAGACACGCCCUGUGGAGAAAGUGAUGGGGAGAUAUAUGGGAAACGAUAUUUCACAUGCAAACCCAACCAUGGCACCUUUACUCCAAUAUCUGAUAUCCAAAAGCUUUCCAAACCAGCUGCCCUGCCCGAUUCAGGAAACACAGCAUCGAAUAUGCCAGACUCCAGCGACUCGGAUUGGAGCAGAAGUACCUCAAGGAAGAGCUGCAGGAGAUCACUUCGAAGGACAAGAAACCAGCUGCAUGUCAACACCUUGGUUCACUGUGAGCCACUAGUCACAGUCGCUAGUGACAAAAGGACCGAGGCACACAGCAGUCCUGCAGUGCAUAGGAACUUCAACAGAGUAACACCACUCCCUUCUCUAGCUCCUGGCUACACAACUGAACGCUCAAGGCCAGUGGACAUGAAGGGGUUUCAGAAGGUUUUUUGAUCUGCAUAAUAAAAAAUAAAAAAAAUCCUGCUUCUUUUUCUGUGGAGGACAAUCCAUUUUGGCAAAACGGACAUCAUAACCUUCACAAUGGACCAAGGAACUAAAUCUCAAGCCAACAGCAGUACUGUAUAACACAUUUAACACAAAGCUGUAAUAUUUAAAGACUUGCCUUCAGUUUCAACGGCCAGCUAUUUUGCUGUUGGAUAGAAAACAUUAGAAGCUGUAGUGAAAUUCCCAGCGGAUACCUAAAACUUCCUUGGGGCAGUAUGCAGAACGACAUACAAGUCUUCAGUUACCUGAUUAAUUACUUACUAUACAGACACUUUAAAUCAAAAUGAACUUUCUUGUUAUUGAUGUGCAAUCAGAUGGAUUUUGGUAUUCUCGCAAGGAAACCAAUGUGUACCUUUAUUAGUCUAGGUUCUACGAUGAAAGAAAAACUAUUUUCUUUAUUAAUUGUGACAAGAGGUUAAUUGACCCCUCUGCAUGUUUGUAGAAUGCAACAGUACAUCUAUACUUGUGUGUAGUAACUAUUUGUUGUGUCGUUUCCUGGGAAUACAUCCCAGAAAGACGAAUGUGUAUAAUGCACUUACUCCAGUUAUAAGCACUAUACAUUAAGACUAUUGUUCUGUAUUUGGUAUUGCUUUGGUUGUAAGAGAUAUAUUUGGUAGUGGUUACAUUACGACAGACAACGUUUUUAAUUCCUUUGUUUUUUUGUAUUUUUUUUUUUAUUAUUAUUAGUACUCCACAUAAAAAUAUUCAAUACU